AUGCAGCGUACAAAAGAGCGAGAAUUACUCAUUGAUAAGGAAAACGCAUUGUUAGAUUGCAAACUAGAAAAAUCACUGACACAAAGCGUUACGGAGUCGAUAAUAUCACGUCCAUUACUGAACAGAAACAGGGAGCAGAGUAUUCACUCAAUUUAUCCUACAGAAGAACUCGAGCUAAUGAAAAGAAUUUCGUUGGAUAAUUCCCGAAAUCAAAGUUCCGAUUUACCACAUGAUGACAGUAUCGCAGAUAAAUCAUGUAAUGAUAAACUGCGUGCUCGAUUUGCAGCUCUUGCUGCUGAUGUCGAAAAUUUCGAAUACGAUAUGAAACCUAUACGCUCCAAGGAAUCGUUCCUCAAAGGGCCAUCACCGCGUCUGAGUAGUGGCGACAUGUCUCCAACAGUAUUGUUUACACCCGCUACCAACUAUUAUCCACCAGCUUCGGUCAGCAGGCUUUCCACAAGUUCCUUGCCUCGAAUUGACGAAAGAGAACCAGUGUGCACCCUUGAUGAUGCGACAAUAACAUACGCCGAUGAAUCGUUUGACAAAACGAAUGAGCAGGAAAAGACUGUGACAACGGCAAUUUUUUACAAAUCAGAUUCGCUAAAAUCGAGCAACUUACUGUGCAGUACAAGCGAAAAACGUUUGCGAUUUGCGAUGCCUGCGUCUGAAUUAACCGAGACUGAUCCUUUACUCGAAAAUUGCGAUUCUUUGACCAACAUUUAUCCUGCUAAAGCACAAUCAAAAAAAGAUGUGGCCGAAAAACCGUCAGAAUCUAUUGGAAUUUUUUCCGUAAAUAACCGCAAUGAUAUUGUUGGUGAAAUCGCAACAGUUGCAAAUAGCGCCAUUGCGACAGUUUCAAUUGAUGAAGAUAAGUUAACUCACACAAAACGAAUGGCGAAACAGUUGAAAGUGAAGAUUGGUUCUAAAAUCGGUGCCGCACUUUCGAAAUUCGAAAAUGAUCAUUCACAGUUGAAAAAGGGAUCUGAUUGUGCUAAAAUUGACACUCGUUCAGCAGACGUGAAAAGUUUACGCGACAGAUGGGAAGUUUCUUCUGCUACCGGUACUCCUCUUCAUCCAGAUCAGGAGGAAGAUGAACUUUUACAGGCAGCUAUCCAGAUGGCAAAAUCAUUGAAGCAAGAGAGGAUGCGACCACAGUCAUACUGUGAACCAGAAGGUUCAGUUCAGAUCUCCGAUUUCCGACCGAUAUCGGCAGCCUACUCCACUUUUUGCACUCAACCCACCGAAACUAUGCUUCAAGGUUUCGCAGUUAACAAGGAACAGGAAGUUGUUCAGGAAGAAAUAAACAAUGCCAAAAUUUCCGGCAAAAGUAACAAUGAACCUAAUCAACUUAUUGAUGAUGCUUUCCAGUUCAUUCAUCGAACACCAGAUAGAAAUUCUUCUCUUAUGUCAGCCAUUCUCAGUACACCCGAAAUUCGAACUACUUUAUCUUCUCCAACUGUGGCAUCGACAGGUCGUGACAAUGUUGAGGCAAUAGCUCCUCUGGCACAUUCAGUUUCCUUUUAUCGAAGAAAAGAGAAAGAAAACCGAUCGGGGAGUGAGACAGUAAUGCUUGGGCAGUUUACUGCGUCACCACUCAAUAGUACUGCUGCUCUCAAUCGCGCUGUAUCAAAGGCAAAUAUGAAUGACCGAGCGAAUUUCGAAAUCGAACGAGCUCGUUUAGAAAAAGCAAUCAGUGUGCAGCAAGAACAAAUUGUUCAAGCAUCACGGGCGUUAUCAUUUUGCCACACUACGCAAGAAUUCAGAGGAAGUCGUGAAGAGGUUGAUGCACAGCGAGCACUUCUCAUAGCAACGGAACGUAGACGUGCUUUAAUUUUUGUGCUUGAUCGACUAAUACAGAAGCAUGCGACCGGUGGUGUUCAACAUUCCAUUUCAGAUGGACCAAAAGGAAAUUUAACAUUUUCGGAUAUUUCUGUGAGGCUUAUGCGUGAUUUUGUCAAUGGACAUAUCAAUUAUCACGAUGAUCAGCUGUUAUUUUACUUCAUUGCACUGAUACGACACGAGGAAACAGUUCACCACACAACUUUAACUACUAGCGAUGAAGGCAUUUGUUCAGGCAGACUUGAGUUUCCUCAUUAUAUUCAGUUUCGAUCACUUCCUCACGAUUUUAGCUGUACAUUGGAAAUUUUCGCCCUUAGAACACGACGAGAAUUGCUCCGUCAUGAAACUAAAUACCACAUUAAAGGUGGCAACUCAUUAAAGAAAUCCCAGAAGUCGAUGCUUUCACCAGGACUAGUUUCACUUGGUGGACCGUCAGCCGUAAUAGACCCAUCAUUCCAGCGUGUUGGACAUUUAUCACUUAACAUAAGCAGUGUGAACAAAACUAGAUUCCACCUCUCUGAUACGCUUUAUCCACUUGAUGGAGUCGUCGAAAUGAAAGUUCGUUGUUAUGCAGAAGAUUGUGGUACCGUUGGCUAUAAAGGUUUUUUGAGUUUAUAUCAGCCAAUUGAAAACAUUGGUUCAUGGGCUCGGUUCUGGUGUGUGCUCUGGGAUGGGCAACUCCGAUUUUGGCGGUAUCCCGAGGAUGAAAGCAUGAAAAUACCAGUGGUGAGUAUUGACUUAAGGACAUGCGCAUGCAACGAAAUUAAACCUAUUCCAGUGGAACGUUGCCCAUAUCCGAACUCAAUGCAAAUCGAUGUUUGGCUACCCGGCAAAUGUCCGCAAAAGCCGGAUAGAAUAAGAAUUUUAAUGGCAGCGGAUAGGAAAGAUGAAAUGUAUUCGUGGCUUAAUGCCAUGAAUAUUUCACUUCGAAAUUUAACACUUUGGUCUUGCCGGUCGUAAAAGAGAUGUAACUUGUAUCGUUGGUCUAAGCAGUUUUCUAAAGGUUUUUUACUUUAUA